AUGAUUGUAGAUAAAUUUCGGCAUGUAAGGCAGUCUGGUUUAUUUGGAUACGAAAUCCAAGAGAAAGAAUCAUUUGUGAUUAGACUUCUAUUCCAUUUGGAGAAUAAGCAACCUGUGGUUUAUAGUAAAACUUCUAAUGUGAAUGAUAUCGUCGAAAGAGCAAUAUCUCAAGUCCAUAUUUUUGGGAUGGAUGACAGUGAACAUGUUAUAUUCCUAUGCUCGAAGGAUUUUUUCUUUGUAUAUGGUCAUGGGGAUACUGGAAAAAUAUUUCUCUGGAACCUUAUGUCUGCUGAGAUUCGCUCAAGGGGUGAUGUUGUGUUAAACAUUGCUUCAAGUGGUAUUACUUCUUUACUUCUUUCCAAUGGAAGAACGAUACACUCAAGGUUCAAAAUACCGCUGAAUAUAACUGAGAAUUCUAUAUGUAACAUCAAACCUGGUUCUUCUCAAGUAAUGCUGCUGUUGAAAGUCAAACUUAUAAUUUGGGAUGAGACUCCAAAGGUGCUCAAACUAACAAAAAAUAUGAGACUCUUUGUAGGAAUGACUACUUCAGAUCAAGAUGAGACAGAACAAUUUAGUGAGUGGUUAUUGAAAGUUUGUGAAAGUCUAAUAUGUGACAAUAUGGAUGGUGAAUCGGAGAUAUGUCUUCCAGGAGAUAUUGUUAUUCCUUCUUCGGACCAGGAGAGUCAACUAGAUCUCUAUGGUCCUGAAUUACUGAAUAGCAUAAAUUACUCCGGUUUGUCUCAACAUAAAUUAAUAGUUAAGAUUGGUGUUCCGGUGAUGUUAAUGAGGAAUAUUGAAAAAUCUAGUAGUCUUUGUAAUGGUACAGGGCUACAAGUUAGGAAGCUUGGAAAUCAUGUCAUAAAAUGUGAAGUCUUAACGGGUAACAAUAUUGGUCAUAUUGCUUUGAUUCCAAGAAUGAAUAUGGUACCAACAAAUGAAACCGUCCCAAUUAGAUUCCAACGAAGACAGUUUCCUAUAAUAGUAUCGUUUGCCAUGACAAUUAAUAAGCCUCAGGAAUAA